GCUUGUUCAGAGAUGGCACGGCGGGGAGGAGGGUAAUGAGGCUGCUGUGCGGCUUCCUUCCCUCUGGGCUGCUCUCCAGGGAGCUGUAGGUUAAACUAUAACCCAGACAGAAAGAGAGGCGAUGGCAUGCUUUUAGACCGGGGCCGGGGGGCGUGCAGACCUUCCCAGUAGCCUGCAGCUUACUGGGGAAUCGCGGCAUUGUCCUUAGACCCGUUCCCUGCUGAGUGUGUUUGAGGAAGAUGCAGGUACCCUGACUGAGUAUACAAAUCAAUUGCUCCAGUCGAUGCAGCGGGUCUAUGGGGCACAGAAUGAAAUGUGUUUGGCAACUCAGCAACUGUCCAGUCAUCUGCUUGCAUAUGAAAAACAGCUCCUUCCGCUUAGCACAGCAGAACACAAGAGGGGAGAACUUUGCCCUGUGUAAAGGAGAUGAAGAAGUCAUAUCAACUUUACAGUACUUUGCGAAAGUAGUAGAUGAGCUUAAUUUGCUUCAUACGGAUCUGGCAAAGCAGCUAGCUGAUACCAUGGUGCUGCCCUUGAUACAUUUUCGGGAAAAAGACCUCACAGAAGUAAGCACAUUAAAAGAUCUUUUUCUUCUUGCUAGCAAUGAGCAUGAUUUGUCUAUGGCAAAGUACAGUAGACUGCCUAAAAAGAGAGAGAAUGAAAAGCUAAAGGCUGAGAUUGCAAAGGAAGUUGCCAAAGCUAGAAGGAAGCAGCAUCUCUCAUCACUGCAAUACUACUGUGCUUUGAAUGCUCUCCAGUACAGGAAGAGGACGGCGAUGCUAGAUCCUAUACUUGGUUACACAAAAGGACAGAUUACUUUUUUGAAAAAAGGCUGUGAAAUGUUUUCCAAAAAAAUGGAUGGCUUUCUGUCUUCGAUGUCAGGCAUGAUUGAACGGAUACAAGGAGAGUUGGACAGAGAAGCAGAGGCCAUGAGAAUUUCUCAGCAGGAUCUACUAUCUGGUAGUGAUGCCAUGUAUACACCGGAUUCUGAUGUUUCCUCCCCUGUUAUCAACCGAAACCUCAUUCAGAAGGCUGGCUAUCUGAACAUGAGAAGUAAAACUGGCUUGGUUACCACAACUUGGGAAAGAUUGUAUUUCUUUACACAAGGGGGAAACCUAAUGUGUCAGCACCGAGGCGAAGUGGCUGGUGGCCUUAUUCAGGAUCUGGACAAUUGUUCCGUCAUGGCAGUGGACUGUGAGGACAGACGCUACUGCUUCCAAAUCACUUCUCCCUCUGGCAGAUCGAGCCUCAUUCUCCAAGCAGAAGGAAAAAAGGAAUAUGAGGAGUGGAUUUCUGCCAUCAAUAACAUUUCUAGACAGAUCUACUUAUCAGAUAAUCCUGAGGCUGUAGCCAUCAGAUUAAAUCAGACAGCCCAGCAGGCAGUGACUCCUAUCACUAGCUUUGACAGAAGACAUGAAAAUGUACAUCAAAGUGAGAGCUUAAGGGAGACUGUACCACAAGAUGACCUGGAUAGCCAUGUGACUGAGGAUGCCAUCAGUGAACCGGAAUCUGAGCAGUUAAUAGUCCCUGGAACCCCCAUUCAGUUUGACAUUGUUUUACCAGCCACUGAGUUCCAAGACCAAAACAGAGGCAACAGGCGUACAAAUCCAUUUGGGGAAUCUGAAGAUAAAUUUGAAAAGUCUACUGAAGAAGGUUUGCAUUUGCAGCAGGUAUUUGUAGUCCGUUUCUUAGGAUCAAUGGCCGUAAAAUCAGACCAUACAAACCAGGUCAUCUUCGAAGCCAUGAGACAAGUCCUGGCUGCACGAGCCAUCCAUAAUAUUUUUCGCAUGACAGAAUCUCACUUGAUGGUAACAAGUAAAAGCCUAAGAUUGAUAGAUCCUCAAACACAAGUUACAAGAAUACAUUUUGCCCUUGAAAACCUCACACAGUUUGCUGCCCAUCAAGAUAACAAGCGGCUGGUGGGAUUUGUGGUGUGUAGCCCUGAGACAUCUGGAGAGGAGACACUGAGUGCUUAUGUUCUGGAGAGUAACACGGAGGGUGAAAAGAUUUGUUUCGCAAUCGGCUUGGCAAAAGAAAUUGCUGCUGCAGAAGAGGACCCAGAAGCGCUGGCACAAUUAAUGUCAUCAGUUCCACUAUCAAACGAAGGCACAUUUGUCCUUUUGAAUGUCCAAUCAGAAGAUGGUAAUGGGAGCGAAUCUUGCAAUGAAGGAUUGGAGUCUGAAGCCUAGAGCUACAAAUUCUCAGUAAAGGCUGAUUUGACAGUUGGUGAAAUCUCUAGUUAGUUUGGUAUCCUAGAAAAGGUUGUUUUCAUAUAAAUGAAUCAGUUGCACUUAUGAUUAAUUGCUGAAGGGUAAUUGACGCAUUUUUCUAGUACAGUCUUAAUUGGUUUACUCUGCUGUAUAGAUGAAAAUGUAUCUGCUAACCAAAACAUGAAAAAUAUUGUGGUGUUAAUGUUAACAAGACUAAACUUGAUUUAAUUCAA